AUGGCUACCAGUACACUGAUAGAGGUUGUUGGUCAGAUCGUAUAUCGCCUCACGCGCAGCGUAACAGAACACUUCAACCCAGAAGAACCUGAAUUCACGACAGAGUCUUUUGGCUACGAUCCACUGUUAAGCACAGGUAGAGAAUGGUAUAAAGAGCCUGUUGAUGAACUGAUAUACCAAGAGUACAGCGACAGAGAGGCUACAAACUCAAACUUUUUCGCAUAUAACAUUAAUGUCCAGGUUAUAAACGCGUUCUUACCAGAAGACAGUGGGGAGACAAGGGUAGAUCAGAACGUUAAGGAGGAAGAAAUGGCUUGGAAACGUCUUCGUCCAUCCUUUUCACAGACAGUUUUUAAAUCGAUGUGCUUUGGAGCGUUGAUUUCGUUUCUUGCAGCUGUGUUAAUUGCCAUGGUUUACCUGCAAAUCUCCUAUGUCAGUUACAAAACAAUUCUUCAAUGUCAGGAUUACAACAUCUCGUCAAUUCCAAUUCGUGUGCAGUGGAUCAAAACGAUUUCUGAUGCGAUAUCCGUUAGUUUCUAUUACUUCUGGAUCUUUGUUACACUCCUGUUUCUUUUUCGUCCGUAUCAGCUCAAAGGAAUAAAGAAAAAGCUGAUUCUGGUAAGCUUUGCAGCGUAUUGUUUGGACAUAAGUUAUCGCUUUUCUCUUCAAGUUAUUGGAAAGCCUUAUUAUGCGUCAGCCACUGAAUUGCAGAUUCCAAUAUAUACUUUUCUCAUCACCAGUAUAUGUUUGCAAUUAUAUAUUGUCGGGAGACAGUUCUGCCCGCGUCCAAGACUGGCAGGUUUAUUGUGUAAAAUGAUAGUACCAUUUUGCUUGCCCCUUAUUUAUGGAAUGUUUAUUUCAGAUAUUCUUUAUAGAGCGUAUCUCAAACAAGAAAACACAGGCAGGCUGAUAAUUGCAUUAUUUUCACCUCUUUUGGGGGUCGCUGUAAAGGUAAUAUCAAGAAUCUGUGUUCAGCGAUUAUGGAACAUUACUCAUCCAGGAUACUCUUAUGUGUUGUUGGCGCCUCUCUACUUCGGCACAGCGAUUAUCUUUCGAGUUUUACAAGCAGAUCUUGACCAUCUCCAGACUAUCGCCAUUCUUGGAGUUAUUCACGGAGCUGCAGAAGUCAUUGAGCUAUCAACUCAGUUGGUAAUACUAAAUUACCCUGAUAUACUCUCCCACCGACGCAGCACCAGUUUCUAUAGAAAGUCACCCUGUUAUUCAGAAGUAUAUUAUGUUUUGUUUUAAAAAAGAUUUAAAAAAUCGACGA